CCGGAUUGUAAGGGACGCAACCUCAGCACCGACACCACCGGGAGUGCGCCCAGCAGCGCCGCCAGGCCACCGUUGGAGGACGUCCCUAUUGUCAGGCCUGUAGCCCCGAUGCGUUCUACUCGCAUGAGCGAACUCAGCGGCCGUGGAAUCGGGGCAUUGAGCGUUCGAUCGGGCUUUCUCAUUCCACGCCCGUCCCAUCCCCCGGCCCCAUCCUCGCUCUUCGCGAUGCGGCGCCCCGGCGAUGCUCUGGGGGGGCGCCAUGCGAGAUGCUGGAAAUUCUCGUGGGCGCUUGGCGUUUGGCGUUUCCCGUUUCCCGCCCUGGGUUUAUUCGCUAUCUUCCCGCUUCCGCAUGCUCGACGCUCGUUCUCCUCUGUACAAUACCGUACUUCGUUUGUGAAAGGACGGCAGCCUGCAUCGUCACCCGCCCGGAGCGAACCCACGUCUUCGAGUGCCACUCCGUGCCACACCACCGUGACUACAGUGACCGAACCGCAUCGCACUGGCCUCCCGGUUCCCCAUACCCUGGUCUCUUAUACCUUCGCUGCAUCGCCAUCUUCAUCACCCCCACCACCACCUCUCUCCUUCUUUUGCACCAGCCAAAUCGCCUCACCACCACCUCAGUCCCUCCCUGCCAUCGCCGACUACUCUCGACCCGGGUCGAACUCUCAUCGACGUGGUUCACCCAGCAAGCUCCGCAAGGUGAAUCCGCGGAGCACUCACCAACAUUUCCCCAGCCCGCCCUGCAGCGUGCAGCUCAUCCACAGCCUCACAGCUUCUGGGACCCAGUUUGUGGACGGAUAAAAAGGGCCCAAGACCGCCCGAACACCCGGCACCCGGACGCCCGAACACCUUCGUGCGCUCGCAUCGCGUCCUCUUGGCCAUUUCCCCAGUUCUCAUUCUACGAUAUCCGGCUACGGGCUCACUCUCGGCUACUUACACCCUCACCUACUUCACUCCUCGACUUGUCGCGAUCGUGAGAGCUCCCACGCACGACCAGCUUCUAUUCAAAGUCGACCAGAAAAACAAACUGCCGUCACCACGUCGCCAAACAUAGCCUGAGGACGAUACCAACCACCAGGGAGAUCAUCUCAGAAAGAAAUCCGCCCCGAAAAUUCACCGUCGACGCUCGUAGACGUUGAGGCUCAAACGCUAUCCCCCUUCCUCGUCAUAUGACAAUUUGAUGCUUGGAUCGAUCGAUCGAUGAGCAGUGUUUGGCCAAUCACAACCCC